AUGCCAGGCCUCGAUCCAAUAGUUGUUGUCCAUCAGCUUGCAGUCAAGCCUGGAAUGCAUCCAAUCAACCAAACUCAACGUCACUUCUCCCUGGAGCUUCUAGGUCAGAUCGAAGCCGAAGUUGACAAGUUGAUCACCAUUGAAUUUAUUAGAGAGGUGAAAUACCCAAUCCGAAUCUCGAACAUUGUUCUAGUGAAGAAGAAGACCACUGGACAAAUUCAUAUUUGUGUUGACUUCUGA